AUGUUGCUGACCGCUGUCAUCAGUCUGGGCUUGUUGAGCCUAGUCCACGGACAGUGUGCCUUGAAGACAGUUGCAUUUACUGCUGCCUUGAGCCACAGUCAGACCGUCGACAACAACCAAGUCGUGGUGUACGACAACACCAUCACCAACCAUGGCCUCGGCUAUGACAAUAAAACAGGAAUCUUCACGGCACCAGCGGAGGGGUUUUUCUUGUUUCACCUCCACCUUUUGAAGACUAAAAACCAAGAAGCCUGGUUGGAACUGUUCCACAACGACGACCUCAUCGUCUCCGCAUACGCGCAAAACAGCACCCAGUUCGAUGCUGCUGGAAACUCGGUGAUACUGUGGGUGAUGGCCGGAGACCGAGUGGACAUCCGAGCUCACAGACUGUCCGGUCUCUUCGGUAAACCAGACGAGCUCUACACAACCUUCUCUGGACAUUACGUCGGAGCCAAAUCUUAA